AUGGCGUCGAACAUCCCCAAGUUUGCGAGCUUCCGGCCAAAGCCCAAGGCCGCCCCAGAGUCACCCAAGGAACCCCAACACCAUGAGAAAGCCGAACGAUCGUCGAAAGAAAAACGUUCUACCAAGGGAACAUCACCAUCGCCAAAGCGAGUUAUUCACGAGCAUGAUUCAAGCAAAGACAGGCCCUACUUCAGCGACCGACGCGGAGACCCUGACGUACUGCGGUAUGGAUCAAUGAACCGUUACGACAUCCCACCAUAUCGUCGCUUCGGUCAUGGCUUCAUACUCGGACUUUCUGUAAACCAAAAGAUCGAUAGAGAGUACUCAACGGAUCGGAAAAUACUCGUGAUGCCAGCGACACGAAGACGGCAAGAGCGACUGCUGACGAGCAAGCGUGCGAACAAGUCGGGUGAGCGCGCUUUACGGCUGCUGAAGACCGAGGCCCCCGAUGUGGACCACGCUCAGGACUUUCUGUCAUUGUCUGCAAAUACCAAGAGGAAGCGCGAUGACAGUGAAGAUGAAGCUGCCGAGAUGGAGCCUGAGACAGACUACCGUGGCAUCGAAGGGCCAAAGUCGACAGAGCCUAUGGAUCCAGACACGCAAUAUGAGUCGGACCCUGAUGUCAUAAUCGACACUGAAGUCACUCGCAAGAACUCGCAGCUCGCACGGCAGACAAAACAGCAUCCUGGAGAUCUCCAAAGCUGGCUGGAACUGAUCAAACACCAAGAGGCUAUGCUAAAGCUCGAAAGGCCAUCUGCUGAGCUGACUGCAUCUGAUAGAGCACAUCUUGCUGAUGUACGUAUCUCCACAUAUGAAGAGGCUUUGAAAAAGAUUGGCGCGGAUCAAGACAGCAAGCUGGAGCUGUACAAAGGGCUGCUGGAAGAAGCAGAAAGGGCCUGGGACAGCGCAAGACUGGCCAGCAAAUGGAAGGACGUGCUUGCGAAGCAUCCUCAGAGUGUGGAGCUGUGGAUGAAGUAUCUUGACUUUGUGCAGUCACGAUUCACAAGUUUCAAGUUUGAGGAGUGUCGGGCGACCUUCUUCAAAUGCAUCGACUCUCUUCGUACAAAUAAAAGCGAGAUGUCGCCGGAACAGACCUUGCACAUAUUGCUGCGUUUGACAUCCAUGACACACGAGGCAGGAUACCAGGAACUCGCUCUCGCGGUGUGGCAAGCUGUACUGGAACAUCAUUUGCUACGACCGGAAGCUUUCGAGCAGUUCUGGGAAACCGAAGUGUCUCGCAUCGGCGAGUUCGGAGCCAAGGGGUGGAAGCAUAGCAACCUAGAUGAUGCGCCACCCCCAGGUCCUUCAUCACUGCUCAAGAAAGACGCACUGGAUGCGGUCUUUAAAGAUUUUCGAAAGCGCGAAGUGGAGGCUACGUCGGUGUUACGACUCCCUGGUCGCACGUCGGACGACGUAGCAGAGGAUGAUGCAUUUCACACAAUCUUCUUCUCUGACGUCGAGCCAUACCUGACCAUCAUAUCGCCCGAGAUACCGGCAACGCUGAUGAUUGAGGCUUUCUUGUGUUUCUGCGGCUUGCCAAAUUUACCACAUCGCAUACCACAACAACGUACUUGGUCGUCCGAUCCAUUCUUGCAGCGCCACUUGCACUCUGCUUCUCCGGACACCGACGAGUCUACAGAACUUACAAAAGCCAUCAAAAGCUUCUCGAAUUACUCAGCAAAGCACUUCCGGAUGACCACGGAGCUCCUAUUUGAGCAAAGCUUCUCGCUAGAUGCUAUCAGGCUCGACGCAGACUUCGUCAGGCGCUUGUUCAAGCUUCUAGCCUCAGAUCCUUCGAGCGAUGAUAUCAUAGGAGAGUAUCUGCUAGCUUUCGAAUCGAGACACUUCCCAUCUGAAGCUUUCAAGUCCGCAAAGCGAUUACUCAAAGCACGUCCGUCAAGCCUGCGCUUAUACAACGCCUAUGGGUUAGUCGAAUCGCGCCUAGGUAACUCAGCCAAAGCAGAUCAAGUCUUCAGCAUGGCGCUAUCUAUGCAAAAGGGGGUUAGCGUGCUAUCGGCAUCUUGGAGUUUGGAACUCUUCAGCAAUUGGGUGUGGGAAGCGCUCCGGAGAGGCGAACACAGCGAAGCUCUAUGGCGGCUUGUCUCACCAAAUGGAAACUUCUCAGCCGGCGCAGCCAAAGACUCGCAUCCUGGUAACACUCUCCUAGAGAUGGGACAUCUAACCCUCAGCCAGAAAAGCGAACACGCCCUCCUCCACCACGACUACACAACAGCAAUAACAAGCACCUCUCUCCUCGCCCUCCUAGCCUACCUCACCCACAACAACUCCGCCUCACACGCCCUCGAACUCCACGCCAAUCUCACCUCGUGGUUCGCAUCGCACCACCUUUCCACCUCCGCCGUCGCAGAACUCCAUGCCCAAUCCAUCGCCCAUCUACUCACCCACCACACCACACACGCCCCCAUCGUCAAACCAUCUCUCAUCCGCUCCACUCUCGAACCGCUCAUAUCCCGCUUCCCAACCAACACGAUUCUCCUCGCUCUCUAUGCCGCAAAUGAAGCCCGCUUCUCCAUCGACGAUCGCGUGCGUGGUAUCAUGCACCAGAACGCUUUGCAAAGCCCCGAAGAAAGGAGUAUAGCAGGCUGGGCAUUCGCAAUACACCACGAAACGCUCAAGGGAGAAAUUGCAGGCUCGACGACGCAUUCCAUUCGUGCAUUGUACAAGCGCGCAACGGAGUCUACCACUGGAUCUCGGUGUCCCGCCCUGUGGAAAGCUUAUGUGAAAUUUGAACUACGCUGUUUACGUGACGACCAAUCGAGACAACGAGCGGAUAAAAGACCGCGUAGGGAUGGCAAGAAGAGUAGAUGGGAGGUACGCGUUGAGGAGGCGGAGCAACGGGUCAAGGAUACGUUUUACGCUGGGUUGAGGAAUCUGCCUUGGUGUAAGGAAUACAUCAUGCUUGCUUUUACGGAAGCGAGGGAUGUGUUUGGGGAGGAGGAUAAGGGGAGGUUGUAUAGGGUUAUGUUGGAGAAGGAAUUGAGGCUUUAUGUUGAGUUGGAUGACGGGGAUAUGUAG